AUGGAUUCCAAGAAUUCUGCUUCUUCUUCUUCAUCCAAGCCCCACAGCCCUUCUCGGCCCUGCCUCUGUUCGCCGACGACGCACCCGGGUUCCUUCCGGUGCAAGCUCCACCGUGGCCCGAGAAAGAGUUCCGGCCGAUCAGUGGCGCACGCGGGAUCGCCGGAGACGAAGGGACCAGCGAAGGCGACGUCGAUGGGCGGCCUCCUCAUGCAGAUGAUACGACCGUCGAGCCAUGAUCUCCGCAGGAGGAGGCACUUCCAGCCCAAGCCUUCAAGGUUCUUCCUGAUGAAAGGUGAUGGCCGGGGAGCAGUGGCGGUGGCUUGA